GUACAAAUUCGCCCUCAAUAAUUUGGUUACUCUCUUUUUUUCCGAUCUUGGUUUUUCUUUAAAUACCUAUCGGAGUUAUUUAUUAUUAUUUAUAUUCUUGAGAAACGUUCUAAAUAAUAAUUGUAAUGACCCCUCGCGAAAAUCAAGAAAACGAGCCUCUUCUUGAAGAAGAGUCUCGUGGAAACAAACCAUUUAAAUAUUCACCCGAGGAACUCGGUCAACUGAUAGAUCCUAAAAGUCCAGAUUUGCUUAGGGAAUAUGGAGGUACGGAAGCAAUUGUUAAAAGUUUAAGAGUCGACCCUGCCGUCGGUAUUAGCUCUGAUGAAGGAUUGGAUACUGAUAACCCGAAGAGCAAACCUUUUCAAACAAGACGAGAAUAUUAUGGUAGAAACAUACUACCGGAAGUUAAACCACGAUCUUUGUUAUCAUUAAUUUGGGAAGCAUAUCAGGAUAAGAUUUUAAUUUUGUUGAGUAUUGCAGCUCUCGUGUCUUUGGCUGUUGGUAUCCAUGAAGAUUAUUCUUCCCGUCAUCCUGAAGGCGAACCUCGUAUUGGAUGGGUUGAUGGUACUGCCAUCAUUGUCGCUGUUGCUGCAGUGGUAUUAACGAAUGCUAUUAAUGAUUAUCAGAAGGAAAAACAAUUCAGAAAACUUAACGCUAAGAAGGAAGAUCGUGUUGUUAAGCUUAUCCGUUCCGGUAAUGAACAGCAAAUCUCUGUUCAUGAAAUUAAUGUUGGCGAUAUUCUGUUUCUCGAACCUGGUGAUAUUGUACCCGUCGACGGUAUAUUUUUGUGGGGACACAAUAUUGUUUGUGAUGAAUCAAGCGCAACGGGUGAAUCUGACCCAAUUAAAAAAGGGGAAUUAGAAAAAAAUUUAGACCCAUUUAUUUUGAGUGGUUCCAAAAUUCUCGAUGGUAACGGUAGAUGUGUCGUUAUUGCUGUUGGACCUAACUCGUUCUUUGGUAAAACUAUGAUGGCACUUCGUGAUGAUGAAAGCGAAGAUACCCCUCUUCAAAUAAAAUUGGAUUUAUUGGCCGAACAAAUCGCCAAAUUGGGUGUUUCUGUUGCUUUAAUCAUGUUAAUUACUCUUGUUAUUAAAUAUUUCGUUACUGCUGCGAUUUCUGAUAAUUUCCCUGAUGGUGAAGAAAUUGCAUCACACAUGAUUUCAAUAGUUAUUCAAGCCAUUACCAUUGUUGUCGUAGCUGUACCCGAGGGCUUACCAAUGGCUGUUACACUUUCUCUUGCUUAUGCCACGACUAAAAUGUUGAAGGAUAAUAAUUUGGUUAGAGUUUUGUCUGCUUGUGAAACCAUGGGUAACGCUACUGCUGUAUGCUCAGACAAAACUGGUACCUUGACCCAAAACAGAAUGACCGUAGUUAAAGGGCUUAUCGGUUUUAAGAAAUUUGAUGAUGAAGGAAAAACUGAUGAAUGGAAGAAAAGUGUCGCUUCUUCAACCUACGAUGUUCUUGUUCAAGGAAUAGUUUUAAAUUCUACUGCUUAUGAAGAUAAAGAUGAAAAUGGAAACAUAGAUUUUGUUGGUUCCAAGACCGAGUGUGCCUUACUCAUUUUCACCAAGUCAUUUGGUGUAGAUUACAAAGAAAUUAGAGCUGCUAUCAAACCUGUUAAAGUUUAUCCAUUUGCAUCUGAAAGGAAAACUAUGACUACUGUUAUUAAAUUAUCUUCGGCUGGUCCUUCCCACGGAAAAGCACCUGCUACUGGUGAUUAUCGCGUCCAUGUAAAGGGAGCUUCCGAAAUUGUCUUGGGACAUUGCACUCAUUAUGUUGAUGCCGAAGGCAAGGUUCAAGAAUUGGAUAAUAACAUUAGACAACAGUAUAAAUUGGAAAUUGUAGAAUUUACUACUAAAGCUUUACGUACAAUUUGUUUGGCUUAUCGUGAUAUAACAACUCAUGAUUUUAAUAAGUUAGGUGAUGAUCCACCACUCAAUGAAUUAAUUUUAUUAGGCCUUGUUGGUAUUCAAGAUCCAUUACGACCUAGUGUAAAAGAAUCCGUAGAAGCUUUUAAAAAAGCGGGUGUUUUUGUAAGAAUGAUUACAGGUGAUAACAUUGUGACAGCCAGAGCUAUCGCUCAAGACGCUGGUAUUCUUACCAAAGGUGGUAUAUCUAUGGAAGGACCAGAAUUUCGUAAAUUAACUCCUAAAGAACUAGAUGAGACUGUGCCAAGAUUACAAGUACUUGCUCGUUCUUCUCCAACCGAUAAAACUAAAGUCGUAAAGUGGUUGAAGAAUAAUGGUGACGUUGUUGCAGUUACUGGUGAUGGUACUAACGAUGGACCUGCAUUAAAAUUGGCUGAUGUUGGUUUUAGUAUGGGUAUAGCUGGAACUGAAGUAGCUAAGGAAGCUUCUUCGAUUAUUUUAAUGGAUGAUAAUUUCAGUUCUAUUGUUAAAGCUUUGAAAUGGGGUAGAGCUGUCAAUGACAGUGUUCGUAAGUUCUUACAAUUCCAACUUACUGUCAACAUUACGGCUGUCGUAUUAUCAUUUACCAGUGCGGUUAUGAGUGACGAAAGUGAAUCCAUUUUAACUGCCGUACAAUUACUUUGGGUUAAUCUUAUUAUGGAUACUUUAGCAGCUUUGGCUUUGGCAACUGAACCACCUACUGAUGAACUCCUUAAUAGACGCCCUACAUCAAAGAAUGCUUCACUUAUCAAUUAUAGGAUAUGGAAAAUGAUUAUUGGUCAAUCAAUUUUCCAAAUUGCUAUUAAUUUGUCUUUAUUACACUUGGGACCUUCUAUAUUCCAUCUUUCGGACUCUAAAGAAGAUUUAGCAGUUUUACGUACAUUGGUCUUUAAUACUUUUGUAUUUUUGCAAGUAUUCAACGAAAUUAAUUGUCUUAGAAUUGAUGAUAGCUUGAAUGUUUUCAAAAAUGUUUUCAAUAAUCACACCUUUAUUAUAGUCCAAUUAAUUGUAAUAAUUGGUCAAUUCGUUAUUGUUGAAUUUGGUGGUGUAGCAUUUGGUACAGUUAGAUUAAAUGGGUAUCAAUGGUUGGUAACUGUAUUAAUUGGAUUCCUUUCUUUACCUGUUGGUCUUUGUAUCCGAUUAAUACCAAAUGCUUGUAUACCCGAAAGUAUCUUGAACGAAGAUCACAAACCAAUUAUUAGUCAAUCGAAGAUGCGUUUGGAAUCUGCUAUUGGGGAAAUAAGAACCGAGAAUAAGAUCAUCUCAGCUUUAAAAGGUAAUUUAGUUAAUAAAGAUAAGAAACCGAAGAAACCAAGAAAGUUCAAUGAAUUUAUAAGACGACCACUCCAUAAGAAGACCGGUUAAUAAGAAAUAAUUUAUUGUAUAGUUCUUUCUUUAUAUAUUUUAUAUAUUUAUGUAUGUAUGUAAUUAAAUUUGAUAGUUUAUUCCAUAGCAUUAAUAUUUAACUCUAUAUAUUAUGCGUGUUUAUUUUUAUUUUUUAUCU